GUCCAAAGUAUGUUACAUAAAGUAUCGAGAGCCUUCCAGUGUUGGCGUGGCGCAACAUUUAACCAACACUGUAUUUAUUGACAGAGCUUUGAUCGUAGUCCCAUGUGCAGAAGGUGAGUAUGCCCAAAUUCAUUCAAGUGAUGAUGUUGACAUAAUGAAUGUUUUGUGUAGUCAACACACUUCCUGUGAAAUUGUGUUGUCUAGUGGUUGGUGAAACCGCUGAAAUUCUAACGUUAGUAUCCUACAUUCAAAUAGCAGGUACAUGCAAGUGUUUCUUUCCAGUGUUUUGCUGUGUUGGUUUCCAUUAGGAAUACACAUGAACACAAAUGCACUUGCACUGUAUCCCAGAUCCAAGAUGGCCUAAUCCACAUUGAGCACUCAAUUUAUCCUAAGCACCUGUCACAACUAGCUAGAUAUAAGCAGUGUGUUUUGUCAUGGGGCUUUACACUAUGAAAAUAACAUGAUCAUUUGCACGGACCAUGGAAGGCACAUUGUAGUAGUAGCAGGAGCAGACACUUAGAGUAAAAUCAUAGACUAGUACCACAUCACUGUAUUCAAUGACAGUUUAUGUUGGUCUGGCAAUACAUCAUCCAUAUUCUUGCGAAAUAACACUUGACUCGGAUUCUGAUGUUCAUGACAAAGGUUGACGUGAUUGUUAUGGGUAUAAUGCAUAGUGAUAUGGAGGUGAUUUCAAGGAUAUGGUAGAAUAACAUACUAAAUAAUUAACUACUUCUUUUCUCUCUUUUUAUUUUGUUUCAUAUUUUUAUUUUUUUUGCUUAAUCUCCCUGUCUUCUAGAACCUUCUCUUGUUCCGUUAUUUAGCGUAUAGCUUCUCAAAAAAAUAAAAUAAGUGGUCUCACCUUAUCUAACCGAUUCUCUCACUUGAAAUGCUUUUUUGUCCACGUUAACUUAGUGCUGGAUGGCUACUGAGUUUAUUAAUUUGGUUUUGUAUGUUUUUUCUGUGUGAUUAUGUGUGCAUAUCAGAUGACUAGACUGGCCCAGCUGUUACACUACACUAGCCUGAGUCAGGCAUUGUUUUCCAAGCCACUAUCCCCGCUGGGGCCACCGCUGCCUUCAAGGGGGGAAUGUGACCAAGGAGAAUAAGCCCGCUGAACCUUCCAAGAUGGACACCUUGUCUCUUUUUAUUUAUCUUUCUUUUCUUUCUUUUUUUUUGGUUGGUUUCUUUUAGUUUUUACUUUCACAUGUUGUCCCUUGCCUUGUCUGCUCCCUCUAGACUCUAGCUACACUAUUGCAUUAUUCCUAGCAUAUUGUUUUUCCGUUUAUUAUUUUUGGUUUUUCCUCUCUCUUUCUCUCACCUCUUCUCUUUCUUUCUUUCGCUCAUUCUCUCUCUCUCCUUUCACAGUCUGUGAUUGAGUUCUGUCCAGGUUGCCAUGGCACCCAGGUGGAAUGUGUAUCACACAUGGGCUGCCAUGAAGAUGACUAACACAUUUUACUUUCUUUGUCUCCUGCUCUUGGUCUAUGGUUAGGAUUUAAAAUAUAGGGCUCAUCUAAACCUUAAACUCACUAGGAGAAAGUAUCAUUAACUUAUAAUAAGUAGUAGAAUAGAAUAGAACCUUUACAUUUUACAUUGGUAACAUGAUGCUUAUACUGAUAGUAUAAGAAUUUGAUUACAUGGACUUUUUGUUGCUUUUGCCCUUAAGCCUUAAAAUAUUUGUAAUUGUUUUUUUUCUUCUCUAAAACAAAGCCACUAGAUUCAUUGAAAGACCCACUGCGCCCUUCCCCUUUUCCAUUCAGGAACGGCAGAUUGAACCAGUAAAAAGAAAGGGAAAGAUUUCAAAUCCGUUGUCUUUAGGUUUUAAGUUUUGGUUAACGUUUGGGAAUUUCUCAAGAUUCUUAAAAAAUGUUCUUCUUUUCUGUAUCUGAUGUUCUGUGUGCUAUUAGUGAUGCAGCCAUCAUGAACGGUUGUCUUGUGUUGCACUCCUUUCCAACACUGCGAAACGAUCGCCCUACGGGAAAAGCGCCCAUGCUUGCUAUCGUAUGGUUCAUGACCAAUAUGUUUCCAGUACAGGGAAGAUCCCAGAAGAAGCCAAGGCCUUGUCUCUCUUGGCACCUGCUGCCCCCCCUGCUGUUCCUGCUGUACCCAGCCUGAUGCCAGGCGCCGGCCUGCUGCCCCUUCCCACCUCGGCCCCCAUACAGACUCAGCUGAGUGUCCCUAUAGUGAGCCUGGCGGCAUUGCCGGCUGCCCUGGACCCUGCAGUGUCGGCCCUGGCUGUGACUGGAGCAGGUGGGGUGUCGUCCUCCACCCAGCCCCCCCUCAUGGGGAACGUGGAUCCCUCCAAGGUGAACGAGAUCAGAAGGACUGUCUACGUUGGCAACCUCAACUCGCAGACCACUACUGCAGAGCAGCUGCUGGAAUUCUUUAAGCAGGUGGGCGACGUAAAGUUUGUGCGCAUGGCGGGGGACGAGACGCAGCCCACACGCUUCGCCUUCGUGGAGUUUGCCGACCAGGAUUCAGUGUCCAGAGCGCUGACCUUUAACGGAGUCAUGUUCGGAGACAGACCCUUGAAGAUUAAUCAUUCCAACAACGCCAUUGUGAAGCCCCCAGAGCUGACCCCUCAGGCUGCAGCCAAGGAGCUGGAGGACGUAAUGAAGAGGGUCAGAGAGGCCCAGUCCACCAUCGCCGCCAUCAUAGUAGAGCCAGAGGAGGUGAAGAAACGCUCAUCCAGUCACUCCCGACGUUCCAGGAGAUCCAGAACACGGUCACGAUCGCAUUCCCGCUCGAGAACGAGGAGAAAGCGGUCCCGUUCUAGGCAGAGAAGCAGGCUCUCUCAGAGGUCGCGGCCCAAGGUCAGCGAGACCCACGUCUCUCGGGGGAUCCACAAGAGACUUUCACGCUCCAGAUCACGGGACAGGCGGAAAGAGAGAGAGCAGAGAACGAGAGGAAAUGAGGAUAUAUCUCGGGUUAUAGAGGAUAGGAGGCAGAGGGAGAAAAAGGCCAAAACACCUCCAAAAAGCUACAGUGCAUCCCGAAGGUCCAGGAGCACGAGCAGGGGCCACAGAAGGAAGAGCAGGGAUCGUUCUAGGAGUCCCAGAAGGAAAGCCAGGUCUCCCUCACCAAAGAGGGGGAGGAAAGACAAGAAGAGGGAGAAACCAAGGGAUGGCAGCAGGGAAAAGAGGGAGUGUUCCAACUCCAGGAAGAAGAGCAGCAGAGAUAAAGAAAAGAUGGAGCUCAAGGCCAAACCUAUGAAGGUGGAAAGGGACUACGACAGGGAGGAGAAGGACUACCAGAGUGACAGGGAGGGGUCGGCAACACCAAGUGAGGGUUUGACAUCACCCUGCAUCCAGCACAACGGCAGCUACAACACAAACACAGAGGAUGACGCGGCCUCGCUUGCCGACAGCACUGAGUGAUGGGUGUGAAACCAGGCAGAACCAUGGGAACGAGACAGUCCACUAUGUAUCCAGCUCCUGUGAUCUUUACCUUGGUAUAACAUACACACACACCCCUUCCUGUUCCCUAGGCUGGCACAAGUGUGCCAAAAACCAAUAGAUCUUAUCUGAUUAUUUUCCUAGUUCCAUUUUCUUGGUGUGUGUAUUUAGUGUAAGACUAUAUAAGAGAAUGCUGACCCCCUAUGCCCAUUGCUGUGAAUCUGUUGUCACAUGAUAUUCAUAUUGAAAAUAGACCUUAACGUGCACAGCUUGUUUUUAUAGAUGUGGAGAAUGUGUGCUUUUCCUACAGUAAGAACUGUGUUGAACAUAACAUGCUUGUGGUUGAUUUCCUGUUUCUUGGUUAAUUUGGUGUUUGUGCUAUCGUGCAACACUUAAUCUAUUUUGGUUACUACUAGAUGCAAGGUCUCUGUUUGUGCACAAUAUCUUAGUUUGCACCCAAUGUAAGAAAUGCUGUUAUUUACAAAUUCUUACAAAAUCAAUAUUUCUAUAAAGUAAUAUUAUGUGGAAGAUCUUAUAAUGCAAGAUGUCUAGUGUCUGUUGCUGUUAGAAAGGUCUUUCUCAAGGCUUCAACCAGCUUCAUGGUUCAGCAUGCCAACCCUACAUUAUACAGAGGUUGAACUUGCUUGACACACAGGAAUGAGUUAACAAUUCCCUGGCAGACAAGUCAAAGUGCUAAGACUGAAAUUGUACAAAAAUACACUAAUAAUAAACUUUAUGAAGUUAUUGAGAUGCAAGAUGAA